UUUGGUUGCUUUUCGACCCUAAAACUGAAGUUUCAACAUGGAGGAGUUGGAGGAGCAGGAGAAGAAGAGAAAGAAACAAAGGAAUCUAAAUCCGCAGCAUCAACCUCCAAAUCCGAAGUCAAACACAGACCUCCGUUUCAAGCCGAGCAGGGACGUCAAAGGCAUCCGAUUCGGCGGCCAGGUGGUGGUGAAGGCCUUCGCCGUGCGGCGGGCCUCCCCGCUCGAGCUGCCCGGGCUCCUCAAUGCGCCGCCGCGCGAGCUGAGCCCUCGCCGGAGCCACCCUUUCCCCUCCACGACCACGUACGUGCCCACCAACUUCACCGUCCUGGCGCAGCGCGCAUGGCGCACCCUCACGCUCGGGCUCGGCGCGCACAAGUCCAAGCUCGUGGUCUUCAUUUUCGAGUCCGAGGCCAUGAAGUCCGCCGUCGACCGGCUGUGGCCGGCCGUGAUCCCGCUGGGGAACGUGAACAAGCAGCUGGUCCGAGGGCUCGCCGGUUGCGAGUUGGCGAGGUUCAAGCUCCGUAAAGGGAGCCUGACGUUCUACGUGUUUGCGGUCCGGCGAGCAGGAGUUGGAGGGUUUGGCUGCGUCGACGAUCUGAGAAGGAUUCUUGAGGCGAUUGCGGCUCUCAAGGACUUCGUCGACCUCGCUACGGUGCUCACUUUGCCGACCCAACCACGUAUCACCUCCUUCGACGCGGUUGCCAUGGCGACGUGAGGGAUUUGUUUUCUGUGAUGAUACAUAUAUGAUCGCUUGUAUAAAAUAUUAUGUUCAACGUAUGGAUACUUUGUGAUUCUACUUGGUGCUGAACUCCACCACCUAUGCUUGAUCAACAAUUUAACUGAUCCAUAACUACAAAG